AGCGACCCCGAAUCGACAGGAUGUCCUGUCAGAUGCGGAAGAACGGCGUCAGGGAUUGCGUCUCGGCCCUUCCUGCAGUGAACGCAAUAUUGUGCUGAUAAUCAACCCAGUGCCUUCCUGUUGACCGACUAUGGCCGACAAGAUGCAAUCGCUGCAUCGAGAAAGACUUCGCAUGCUCGGAAGGCAAGAGGGUGGAACGAAAGACGAAACAUGCAAAGAGCCCGGAACGGGUUUUUCCUCCAGAUAUCGACGACGCAGCUUGCCCAUCAGAACUCAAGCAAAAGGCCAACCAAUGGAGUUUCCUCCUCAGCUACCACAAGAUUAUGAGCAUUGUCAUGUCGCGACUUCCGGUUCUGAGUAAAGAAACUACGAUGCCCUUCAUUGAUAUGUGGCAGGAUAAGCUUGAGACCGGGGAGAUCACCGGAUCUUUGUAUCGUCAAUUCUCCAUCUUCUACGCGAACCUUGAUGUGGCUCUAUUUCGGCUCACCAACGAAAUGCUAAACUCGAAGUUGCCGUCACUUUCUCCAGAUCAAGGCGUAUUCUCGGCUUUAUUAGGACACGUUCUCACCUGGUUUCCCAAGAAAACAUCAUGCCCGGUAUGCAAUCCUACCGAUGAUGAGCACAUACUCCAAGAUCUCCAGCGUCGUGGGGAUGUCGGCAGCGAAUUCCUCGCUCGAUUAGGUCGAGUGACAAGACAUCUGCGCGAUAGAGAGCACUGGGAUUUCGACGCACUCGGCUUACUGGAAGCGGAAAUGACCAAGGUCUUUGAAGUAGCUUCUAAGAUCAAUUCUACAGCAACGGUUGUUCUGGAAGAACUCGGAUUGUACGAUUCCGUGCCUGAAACUCUACGAGAGCAUUUCUUCAUCGAGCCUCAGGAUGUAACCUAUCGUCUCUUCUGGACGGGAUAUGCGAAGACCGACUGCUUUGGACGAAGCCCGCUACAUCAAUGGCUUGAUGGCACUGACGAAUUAGUGGACGAGCGUGAUCUUCCAAUCCUUAAGUCCGCUUGCUCCGAGGAUUAUAUCGACGACCAAGACGUGCUUUGGCGAUCACUUUUGCACAUUGCAUGCCAAAGAGAUUGGGAAGUUGGGGUACAGCACUUGCUGUCAAUGUGCGCCGAUCCAACGUUGCGUACAAUUUACGGUAGCCUACCCUUCCAUUACGCCGCCGCGAAGGGAUCCUUGAACAUUUGCAGGCUGCUCUUGGAACUACCCGAGAUGGGGAGCUACUUCAACUGUACGGACUUUCAAGGCAACACCGCACUCUACUACGCCAUCGCGAGUAAGAACACUGCGCUGGUCAGAUUCCUUCUCCAAUUCCCCGAAGUCGACCCAAAUCAUACUUGGGAAUCUGUGUGCCCACCGCCGCUGAUUAAGGCAAUAUAUUCCGACAAUGAGGAGAUGGUGCAGCUCUUGCUGGACCGUGGCGCCGAUCCUUCCGCCAAGUUCUACGGACAUACGGCUUUCUACUACGCAGUCCGCAGGCAGAACAUCGGUAUCAUGAAGCUGCUCGGAGCCAAGUCGAAGGCCUCAGAGGAUCCCAACAACCCCACGAGAUCCAAAGCUCUGUAUACCCUCCAGCAAUGGACCGAAGGUGAAGUUAUAGCACCCCAUGGGGACAGGGCCGAUGUCGAGUUUCCUAUCAACCAGCAGGAGGUUUAACCCGAGCAUUUUGCCUCCCUUGCAAUCGCUUCGUAUGCGCUCAGCUCCAUUAGGCCUAAAGGUCUAUUGCGACAAGCACUUUACGGAUUGUGCAAUUACGCUUCACCGAUUUCUACAUUCGGCCGACAUACAGCGCUCCUAAUGGCGAAUAGUCAUGCGUGGCUGUAUACGCGAACGAGUUCUGGAGAUUGUCAUUCUCGAUUAGCUUCCAUACAUAUCAUCUUCUCAAAGCAAUCGAGUCUCUCUUGGUGCUGUUGCUCUACCGUCGAUGAGCAACUGAUUCAUUAGCCUAUGCGAUUCGGCUCAUCAACCUGACGCUCGGUUGAUCAU